AUGGCGGCCUACGCCGGCUCCGACACCGACCAGUACUGCAAAGACUGCAACCGAAUCACAUUGACCAUCUUGGACCACCGUCAAGGCGACACCAUCUGCUCCGAGUGCGGUUUGGUUCUCGAAUCCCACUUCGUCGACACAACCGCCGAGUGGCGUGUCUUCGCCGACUCCGAAAACGACAACGACCCUCAACGCACUGGCGACCCCGUCAACCCUCUCCUCCACAAUGGCGGACUCGGCACCAUCAUCUCGGAAACCAAAAAGAAUAAUAAUAAUAACUCUUCUGAUAACAAUCAAUCUAGAAGCUUCGGAAGGGCUAACAAGAUGGUGCAGAAGCAGCAGAACCCUGAUAGAACUCUGACUCAAGCUUUCGGGGCGAUAUCGUCGAAAGCUUCCAUGCUAGGGCUAAUGAACACGGUGGUGAGUCGUGCGCAGCAGAUUUACAAGGAGGCGGAUGACAAGAAGUUUUGUAAGGGGAGAAAAGAUGAGGCCCUCACGACGGCGUGUCUGUUUCUUGCGUGCCAAGAAGAGGGGUUUCCAAGAACCCUAAAGGAAAUCGCGACGGUUGGGAAUGGUGCUAGUAAGAAGGAGAUUAACAAGAUGAAGGAGCAGUUGAAGAAGGUGUUGGAGAUUGAUAGCAAGAUUAUUCAUGCCGAGGAUCUUACGAGGAGGAGCUGCUCUUUGAUUGGGAUGAAGCAUUUGGGAAUGAAGGCGGUGAAUGAGACAUUGGACAAGUUGAAGGAGUUUGAUAUAAGGAGGACGCCUAAGUCGGUUUUGGCUGCGGUUAUGUACAUGGUUGUGCAGCUCUCAAAUGAUGUCACAAGUUUGAAAGAGGUAUCGCAAGCCGCUGAUGUUGCGGUUGGAACAACUAAAAAGACAUACAAGGAUCUUUAUCCCUAUGCUUCAAGGAUAAUACCCAGCUGGUUUGCCAAGUUGGAGGAAAUCAAUUCGAAACUUUGCAUCCCUUGA